UAUUGUCAAGACCAAAAAAAAAAUUGGCGUCGCGUGUUUUUGGCACUGCAAACUCUGAAAAAACCAAAUAAAAAGUGUGAAUAUUGCUUUUAAACAACGAUAAAUCGUCAAUUUUAGUGUAUCCGCAUCGCAAAACGCACCAAAUACAAACAUGGCUGAUGAGGAUUUAUCGUUAAACGAAGACCAAUUGCUCGAUAAUCUUGAUGACGCGAACGGUGACGGUGACCUAUUGAUUUCCGAGGAACAAGAUGAAUCUGGCAUGCAAAUCGACCCGGAGCUGGAAGCGAUCAAGGCACGCGUGAAAGAAAUGGAAGAAGAGGCGGAAAAACUGAAACAAUUGCAGUCGGAAGUGAACAAACAGCUACAAUCACCGCCCGGCGUACCUGCAUUAUCGGCGGAGGAAAAGAAGGAAAUUGACGAUCGGAGCGUGUAUGUGGGCAAUGUUGAUUAUGGCGCGACGGCGGAAGAGCUGGAGGCGCAUUUCCAUGGUUGUGGCUCCAUAAAUCGCGUGACAAUCCUGUGCAACAAAGUGGAUGGACAUCCAAAGGGAUUCGCCUACAUCGAAUUCGGCAGCAAGGAAUUUGUCGAUACGGCACUUGCGAUGAACGAAACGCUCUUCAGGGGGCGACAGAUUAAGGUUAUGGCAAAGAGAACUAACCGCCCAGGGUUGUGUGCGACAAAUCGCUUUCCACGCGGAUUCCGCGGAAGAAUAGCUCGCGGAGGUCGAGGUCUUUACUGCCCCUUCACACAUCGAGGACGUGGUCGUGUAGCUCGCGUCUACAGAGGUCGAGCCAAUUACUACUCACCCUACUAAUGAAUCAUCGCUGCUGCCGCCGUCGUCGUCGUCGUCAACCCAAGAAGAAGUCACCAGUUCAGUCAAAUUGUUCACAUUUUGUUUAAAACAAUAUUCCACAAACAUAAAAAAUAACAAAAAAAAAUUAAAAAUAAUAAUAUUAUUUAACUAUAGAGAUUUUUGAGAAAAAUUAUACUGAAAUAUGAAAAGAUUUUCAAAAAACAUUCCCCAAUUGUCUUCAGAUGCCCAGUUUUCGAGUUUUUAAUGUCAAUAAAA